UUUCUUCUUGCUCGUCUACACAUCGAUUCCCUAUCAGACAACACGACAGCAAAAGAAGUCAAAUCAACUCUCACUACACUCUCGAAAGGUGCAGCUGCGCUCAAUGAUGCGUACAGUGAAGCACUAGAGAGGAUCGAAGGCCAACGAACUAGCCAUUCUAAGCUAGCGAAGAACGUCCUAACGUGGAUUACAUUUGCGAAGCGACCGCUCACUACUGCUGAGCUAUGCUGCGCCCUGGCAGUCGAGCCUGACGAGGUUGAACUCGAUCCGGAAAACAAACCCGAUGUGGACGACAUAGUCUCUGUAUGCGCUGGGCUUGUUGUUGUCGAUCAGGAGAGCGCUAUCAUCCGCCUUGUGCACUACACCACGCAAGAAUACUUUGAGCGUGUCAGCUCUAGGCUGAACCCAGAUGGACAGGUGGAAAUAGCCGAGACGUGUCUGACCUACCUAUCGUUCAACGUCUUCGAAAGCGGCAGCUGUGCCACUGAUGAAGAGUUUGAAGAGAGGCUGAGUCAGCACGAACUCUUGGAUUACGCAGCCAAAUAUGGUGGUGAACAUGCAAGAUCUGUCGAUGCUAAG